AUGCUCUUCCUCCUCAUCACCCUCCUCGCCUUCAUCGGCACCAUCACAGCCUCACCAACCUUCAACAACGGCGUCUAUCGCGACACCACCUCACCACUCUUCGCCAACAACAAGCUCUCCCACGGCAUCGCCAUCCACCUCACCAACACCAAGACUGGAAACUGCAGCGCCGUCAUCGAAGAAACCCCCUGGUCAAUCACCAACAUCGUAACCUUCUCCGCCAACCCACACCCUCACGCCGUCUCGUACUUCCUCUUCGAUUUCGAAGACACGAACCGCGGCCUCGAGGUCAAGACGCAAUGCCAAUUUUACUUGCCGGCGGGAUCGAACUCGACUCUUCUGGCCGCUGGUGAUGGGAACGAUUAUCACGGCUGUGUGGAUGGAGAUGUUAGGUUUGCGUGGGAUGGGAACUUGUUGAAGGUUCAGCGGUGGUAUAGGGAUGAGUGUUUGGGUGAGCCGCCGUAUGAUCAUGCGGUUGCUCAUGGUCGGGCCAAUGUUACGUUGCUCAAGACUAAGGCUAUGGAUGGACGAGGUGGAGAGAAUUCGACGCGGAACGCGUCGCAGCAAUGGAAGGAGCAUUGCAGCUAG